UUAUUAAAAGCCCAUUCAGUCCAUAUAUAGCAGUGAGGGUUCUAAUUAGGGCUUCUGUCUCGCUUCGCUUGUGAUCCUCUCGUGUUCUCGGCGCUGUAUCUUCAACCAUGGCGGAGCAGACGGAGAAGGCUUUUUUGAAGCAGCCGAAGGUGUUUCUAUGCUCGAAGAAAACUGGUAAAGGGAAAAGGCCCGGAAAGGGCGGGAACCGCUUCUGGAAGAACAUUGGGCUUGGUUUUAAGACACCCAGAGAGGCAAUUGAAGGUACAUAUAUUGAUAAGAAAUGUCCGUUUGCUGGCACUGUAUCCAUCAGGGGUCGUAUCCUGGCUGGCACUUGCCACAGUGCAAAAAUGACGAGGACUAUUAUUGUUCGAAGGAACUAUCUUCACUUUGUUAAGAAAUACCAAAGAUAUGAGAAGAGGCACUCAAAUAUUCCUGCUCAUGUUUCCCCUUGCUUCCGUGUGAAGGAAGGUGACCAUGUCAUUAUUGGCCAAUGCAGGCCACUGUCGAAGACUGUGAGGUUCAACGUGUUGAAAGUGAUUCCAGCAGGAUCAGGUGGCAGUGGAAAAAAGGCUUUUGCAGCAAUUUGAAGGGUUUUGUUUGCACGGGAUGUGGUGCUACUGGUUAUAUCUGUUAGGAUUCGAAUUGAUUCUGUAUUAGUAUUGGUGCCUAAAUUUUGUCUUUGUUCUUAACAUCAUAAACUAGCUUUGGCGAGUUUUAUAAUUUAUAAUUAGGACAUUUGAUCCUUUAUUUUCUUGUCCAUUGUUCUUGAUUCAAAAUUGUGUGCGCAUCAUUUUGUAGUGCUAUGCUAAUAUUGAUCCUGGCUUGUUAAUCUUC